AUGGACGUUCCGGACUCUGAAGAAGAAGAGGACCAAGAUCAGGAACCAGUGGCAGCUGGCAUUAGCAAGUUAGAAGCAGAGAUAGCUGGCAUUAACCGGGAACUGAAGACCAUAGAAGACAGUGUCGGGCGCAUGUUGGAGCGACAAGCACAUCUGGCUAAACAAAAGGAGAAGCUGGAGGUCAAAGUACUGGCUGCACAGAAGGUGUUGAGUUAUCCAGUGCAAGGGUGGGCUGGCAAGUACAGCUGGGACGAUGAUAUUGCGGACCUAAGGAAGAACCUAUUUGGCCUCGCAGCAUUCAGAAAACACCAGAGGGAAACAAUCAACUGCGUCCUAUCAGGCAGCGACUGCUUCGUGAUCAUGCCAUCUGGGGGAGGAAAGUCCUUAUGCUAUCAAUUGCCUACAAUGGUGUUGCAGGCGGGUGUUACUCUGGUCGUCUCUCCUCUCCUCUCACUGAUUCAGGAUCAAGUCAUGGGGUUGUCAGUCAUGGGGAUUGAAGCUGCCAUGCUCACGUCCCAAAUCGACAAGGAAGAAGAGACCAGGGUUUACAAGGCCUUGGAGCAUGGCGGCCAAGACCUGCGAUUCGUCUAUGUUACCCCAGAAAAGGUCGCCAAGAGCAAGCGCUUCAUGUCCAAGCUGGAGAAGUGCGACAAGGCGGGGCGCCUGGCCCUCAUCGCAAUCGACGAAGCACACUGCUGCAGCCAGUGGGGUCACGACUUCAGGCCCGACUACCACCACCUCGGCAUCCUGAAGAAACAAUUUCCGAAGGUCCCAAUGAUGGCCCUCACAGCAACGGCCACCCAGCGAGUGCAGGACGACGUUCAGGAGAUGCUGGGAAUCCAGGGCUGCCCUAAAUUCGUGAGCAGUGUGAACCGGCCCAACCUGUACUACGAGGUCCGCGAGAAGCUGGCGGGCGCGACGGCGGUAGUGGACGACAUGGUGGCGUUCAUCCAAGAGCACUACCCCAGCCAGCAGGACUCGGGCAUCGUCUACUGCUUCUCCAGGAAGGAGUGCGAGCAGGUGGCGAGCGAGCUGUCUCAGCGGGGCAUCUCCGCGGGCUACUACCAUGCCGACAUGAACCCCCGCCAACGGCACGAAGUGCACCAGAACUGGAGCUGCAACUACCUGCAGGUGGUGGUAGCGACAGUCGCCUUCGGCAUGGGCAUCAACAAGCCGGACGUCCGCUUUGUCCUGCACCACUCGCUCAGCAAGUCGGUCGAGACGUACUACCAAGAGAGCGGUCGCGCGGGCCGCGACGGCCUCCCCUCCCGGUGCGUGCUGUACUACCGGCCGACAGACGUGACUCGCCAGAGCUGCAUGGUGUUCGCGGAGGCGUCCGGGCUGGAGAACCUAUACGCUAUGGUGGCCUACUGCCAGAGCCGCCAGAAGUGCCGGCGGGAGGCCAUCUUCCGCCACUUCGGCGAGCCGCUGCAGCCGUGCAACGGCAUGUGCGACAACUGCGGGGAUGCGGGGACCGUACGCAAGCUCGACAUCACGGACAAGGCAGAGGCGCUGGUGGCCCUGCUGCGCGCGCUGGCCGGCAAGGAGAAGCGCGCGACGCUGCUGCAGCUGUGCGAGCAGUGGAAGGACAAGGCGGUGGGCAAGGAGGACAAGGAGCGCGCGGUGGUGCAGCUGCUGCUGGACGGCGUCCUCGCCGAGGAGUUCGGCCACACCGCGUUCGCCACCAACUCCUACAUCACCCGGGGGCCCAGCCUGCCGCUCCUCGAGCACGGCCACCUCAAGGUGUUUCUGGAAGUGUCCGACUCUUCCGAGAAGACGUGCGCCGGGCGCGGCCCUGACACUUCGACCUCCGCAGCGGCAGGUGGCGACUCCGUCCUGGAGUCCGCUCUGGACGGUCUCCGGCGGAACGUUGCCCGGCAGCACGGCGGAAUCUUCCCGCACUCCGUCCUCUCGACGGCGCAGAUCGCGCUUAUCUGCAAGGAGCGGCCGGCUCACCUGGCAGAGCUUCGCCAGCUCGUCGGUGCGCGUAUUGCGGGCGCCUACGGGGACCAGAUCCUGGCGGUCUUGCGCAAUCCGAACCAGCAACCAGACGCGCUGCCACCGUCAAAUCGCUCGGGACCAGCAAAGGUUGCGCCGGAAAGUGGAGCGGGCCCCUCGGCAGCGCCCCAAUCAGGCCGAGUGGAGGCGUCUCGGCAGAGGAGAGAAGACGAAAAUUUUGCAAGCGAACCUUCAACGUCGAAAAUAGCAAGCAAAAAGGGGAAAGAGAAGGUGACUAGACCAAGCAAGGUGGGCCCGCCGCACGGGAAGCGAAAACUGGCGGAUCCAAGCGCUGUAAUUGACCUGGACGACUCGUCUGGUGAAGCGGCCAGUGGGGAGGGCAAUCGUGCUAACCAGGCCGCGCAAGGGGAACCCUCCUCAGAUGACGAUUUUGUCUUGUUUCACAGAAAGAGAAGGUUGCAACGAACCCGGACCUGA